AUGGGUAGAAGAGAGAGACUUGAACAACUUCCUUAUGUAGAUGCAAUUAUGAAAGAGACAAUGAGGAAGCACCCAGUUGCUGUAAUGCUAGCUCCACAUCUAGCUCUUGAAGAUUGCAAUGCGGGUGGUUAUGAUAUUUGCAAAGGAACUAGAGUGUUCAUAAACAAAUGGAGCAUGGGGAGAGACCCUUCACUAUGGGAUGCACCAGAUGAGUUUAGGCCUGAGAGGUUCUUAGGGAAGGCCAUUGAUGUGAAGGGGCAGAGUUUUGAACUGCUUCCAUUUGGCUCAGGAAGGAGGAUGUGCCCUGGUUAUAGCCUUGGACUUAAAAUGAUAAGGUCUAGCUUGGCUAACUUGUUACAAGGAUUUAACUGGAAAUUGUCUGAGAAUAUGAAAACAGAAGACUUGAGCAGUCAUGGAGCCUCGGCUCCCAACCCAUCUUUAUUAAUUAUAUGUGAAGUUGUGAUGUUGUCUCUUUCAAAACCUUAA